AAUGUCGAUUACAGUCAUCAGCGCCAUUAUUUGUUUGGCGGGUAGUUGUAACAAAUUUAUUUACGUUUCGCCGCGUGUGAAGCUAUAAUAAUUAAAAAUGAUUGACCUAUUCAUGCCAUUUCGAUCCUUUUUGAAGUUUGAAAACGUUUGUACGGAUAACAAUGUCUUCCGCAUGCAUUACAAAAUGACUGUAAUCAUGCUUCUCGUAUUCACGUUGCUGGUUACUUCGAAACUUUUUGGUGAACCAAUACACUGCAUGAGCGAUAGCGACAAGGACAACGAUCGGGAUGCGGUAAACAGCUACUGCUGGAUAUACGGCACUUACACGCUACGGAGCAGAUUCACUGGCAUAGAAGGCAAAAACAUGGCAUACAUUGGUGUGGGUCCCAACAUAGCGGAGAAUGAUGAGCAAAUCAAACAUACAUAUUACCAAUGGGUGUGCUUUGUGCUGCUCGGUCAGGCUGUCAUGUUCUACACGCCUAGGUACCUGUGGAAAAUCUGGGAGGGAGGCAGACUGAAGGCAUUGGCCGCUGAUUUGGGCAGUCCGGUAGUCUCAAAAGAUUGGUCAGAUUUCCGCCGAGGGGAGCUGGUUUCCUAUCUGCACUAUACUAAUCUGUAUACGCACAACAUGUAUGCUCUACGCUAUGCCUUCUGUGAGCUUUUGAACCUUGUUAAUGUUGUUGGUCAGAUAUUCCUGCUGGACAUAUUCCUCGGUGGCGCGUUCCGCAACUACGGCGCCGCUGUGGCCGCCUUCACGCACAUCCCGCGCGUGCCUGCCGACAUGAUGGACUUUGGUUCUGUCAAUCCUAUGGACCAGUACUUCCCGAAACUCACCAAAUGCUGGCUAAGAAGCUAUGGCCCUUCUGGAUCACUCCAAAUAAAAGAUCGCCUAUGCGUUCUACCACUUAACAUUGUCAAUGAAAAGAUAUUUGUAAUUCUAUGGUUUUGGCUUAUUGCAUUAGUACUAGUAUCUACUUUAGCCAUUCUUUUCCGUGUACUUGUAUUCUCUUUGCCUCCGUUACGCACAAUGAUGACUAUGGGACAGCUAAGGAAUGUCAAAAGGAGUCUUGUAUCUCGAAUAGUGAGGAAGUUUGGUUUUGGUGAUUGGUUCAUUCUGUAUUUGCUGGGCAAGAACAUGAACCCAAUAAUUUAUAGAGAUUUGAUUAUAGAACUAUCAAAAGCUAUUGAUCAUAAGACUGUAAUGGUGUAACUUUGUGGCCAUGUCUUUAUUUUCUUUUGUCUAAAAUAAUAUCUAAGAGUACAAGACUGAUUAAUUAGCUAGAUAAGAAUUGUUAGAAAUAUGGUUGUGAAAUUAUUUUUUGUUGAAGAAUUGUUUUUUAGUUCAGUAUUGUUAUAAAUAAACGGAAUGUUUAAAAAUUAUAGCAUAUAUUCUGAACUUUAUUGUAAAUUAUAUAUGGUUGAGAUUUUUCUUAGUUCACAAAUCAAGAUGUUUAGUUCCUGUAAUUUCUUUAUAAAAAUGUGUGUGGUCAAGUUUCAAAAAACUUUAUUUUUCAUUAUAAUUUCCUUUGUUUUCUACUUUAAUUUGUACAACGAAAAUGUUUAAUAUUAAGAACUUUAAGUCUUUCCUGUUGUGUAUACAAAAUGUAUAAUAAGUAAAUAAAUCUAUGCAAAAUA